ACUACACACCGAGAAAGAGGUGGGAAAGGACAAGAGAGGAAGGAGAGAGAGAGAACCAAACCAAACCAAACCAAAACCAUGGUGUGAAAAACUUGACAUGGGGGGCAUAUAGGGAUUACAAUAUUUUAUUAUGGUUUUGUCCCUCAAUCCUUGCCAGAAACAGUGAAAGCCUCACGAAAGUUUAGGACUUUUCAGACCACCUUCUUCAAUCAAAGAGGACCCAUCAUUUCCUUUCCCUUAUUAUAAUUAUUAUUAUUAAUUUUUUUUCUUUCUUUCUUUGUGUGUGCUGUUGAUGGAUCCCAAGGGCUCAAAGCAGCAGCCACAGCAAUCACAGGAGGUGGUACCAAACUUCCUCAGCCUCCCCCAACAGCAACAAGGGAAUACCAACAACAACAACAUGGGAGAGAACAAACCUGCAGAGGUGAAGGAUUUCCAGAUAGUGGUAGCUGAGAACAAGGAAGAGAGCAAGAAACAGCAGCAACAGUUGGCACCAAAGAGGAGUUCCAACAAGGACAGGCACACCAAGGUUGAAGGCAGGGGAAGGAGGAUAAGGAUGCCUGCUCUCUGCGCAGCCAGAAUCUUCCAGUUGACCAGGGAAUUGGGUCACAAAUCUGAUGGGGAAACCAUCCAGUGGCUCCUCCAGCAGGCUGAGCCAUCCAUCAUAGCUGCCACUGGGACUGGCACAAUACCAGCAUCUGCUCUUGCUGCUGCUGGAAACUCACUCUCACCACAAGCUGCUUCUCUUUCAUCAUCCUUGCACCAACAUCAACAAAAGAUUGAUGAAUUGGGUGGGUCAGGGGGGAGUAGUAGUAGGGCCAGCUGGCAAAUGGUUGGGGGGAAUUUGGGGAGACCCCAUUUGGGUGUGGGUGUGGCCACAGCAGCAGGCCUAUGGCCCCCUCAUGUCAGUGGAUUUGGAUUUCAAACACCACCAACAACAACAACACCAACAACAACAACAUCAUCAUCUGGUCCAUCUAAUGCCACCUUAGCCACUGAGAGCUCCAAUUACCUUCAGAAAAUUGCAUUCCCUGGCUUUGACUUGCCUACUUCUGCCACUAACAUGAUGGGUCACAUGAGUUUCACCUCAAUUUUGGGUGGAGGUGGGGGUGGUGGGGCCCAGCAUAUGCCUGGCUUGGAGCUUGGUCUUUCCCAGGAUGGCCAUAUUGGGGUGUUGAAUCAACAGGCCUUGAACCAGAUUUAUCAGCAGAUGAAUCAGGCUGGUAGAGUGCAUCAUCAUCAGCAUCAGCAUCAUCAUCAGCAUCAUCAGCAGCAACAACACCAUCAGCAAACUCCUGCUAAGGAUGAUUCUCAAGGCUCAGGAGGACAGUAGUAGAGUGUUUAAUUAUGGAUUUGGAUGAAAGAAAGAAAAAGAAAAAGAAAGUAGCAUCAUUGUCUAGAUGCUGGCUGAGGUUUCUAGUUUCUACAAUGGCUUUUGUAUUGUAUAAUUGGGAGACUGUGAGGGAAAAAAAAAAUAGGUGUCUCAGAGAAUUCAAUAGAAAGCUGGAUUUGGUUUACCCCUUUGGUUUACCCCCCCCAUAUUGUUUCUUCUCCCCAGUACUCAAGUCUCCAUAUACAGGUGGAAUUGCAUGGCCAGAUGGCUUGGCUGCUUUGGUCUGGCCUUAAAAAACUAUUGUUUAAUUCAGAGGUGUGUUGAUUAUUUUGUUCUUCUCUAGGUCAGGGUGGAGUGCUGAUCGGUUUGUUUUGUGAAUUUGAAGAUAUAGUUUCAUAAUCAUAUUUGUUAAAUUUCAUAUUGGAUAUGGUAUUUAGUACUUUUAUGUCAUCUGGGAAAUUUUAAUCUUUGUGUGGAACAGCACUUGCGAGUUACAUCUGUGAAGCCUUCAACUAGUACUUUA